AUGGAGGGUUCGCGGCGGUCCAUCAUCUCAUUCCUCACCCUCUUGGUGGCGGCGAUCUCUCCCGGGGUGCAAUGCGCCUCAUCGGAUUCGUGGGUAACGCCGCAGACGGCGGGGAAGAUGACGCAUGUCAUGACCCUCCCGCGCGAGAUAGUGCAGGCGACGCCGUCGGCGUGUCCGUGGGACGAACCGGGGCUCGUCGCGUGGACGCCCCCGAGUGGCGCGGCGCCAGACUACACGCUGCCCGCGAACUCAAAGGUACUCAUCGACGCGGACGCCACCGUCGGAAACGUCGUCAUCCCCACGGACUCCGAGCUCGUGUUUGCGAACGCCGACGUCGAGCUCAACGCCGCGAGCAUUUCGGUCCUCGGGAAGCUUCGCAUCGGCUCGCGAACCUGUCGCUUCGGGUCCACCAAGACCGCGCGCAUCACCCUGACUGGCGCGGCGUCCGAUCCGGCUGCGUCGUCGGCGCUCCACAAGGGGAUCGUCGCGUCGGGGUCGGGGUCGGUCGAGAUGUACGGCGCGCUGCGUCAGCCCACGUGGACGAGACUGGCGACCACGGCGGCGGCGGGUGACACCACGAUUGUGCUGUACGAAUGCGUCGAGUGGGCGGCGGGCGACGUCCUGCUCAUCACCACCACCCACGCAGAGGACCAUCGCCGACACAACAUGAACGAAAAGCGAACAAUAUCCGCGGUCGAGUGCGACGAGCGGACGGUUGAGGGAGCGACGCAUUCGUUCGGUAAGGUGACGCUCGCGUCGGCGCUAUCGUAUUCGCACUACGCAGCCCGCGGCGAGUACCAGGCGGAGGUGGCGCUGCUCUCGCGAAACGUGGUCGUUCGGGGCGACGCAACCUCAGUACCGACCGAUGCCCAGCCCGCUAACACGAUUUGUGCCGACACCAAACGCUCCGACGUCCCUUGCGCCCCGUCCUACACUUGCGAAGUAGGCGGGACGCCCUCGAGUAACUGCGGCCCGUAUUAUCUCACCGGUCACGGCGGCCACCUCAUGGCUGGCGACUCGAGCACGGCGAAGAUCUCGAGCGUUGAGUUUCACCGGAUGGGUCGCACUAACGAGGUCGGUCGGUAUCCCGUCCACCUGCACAUGCUCGGGACGGGUGGCGUCGACAGUUUCGUAUCCGACUGCUCGGUGCACGAGAGCUACUACCGCGCGUUUGUGGUUCACUCGACCAACAACACGCUGGUCACCAGAAACGUGGCCUACGACGUCAUCGGACACGCCUUUUACCUCGAAUCGGGCGAGGAAGAGGCCAACGAGAUAAGCUUCAACCUCGGCUCCCACGUCCACCCCAUCGGCUUUGCAGAGGAUAUGACGGGCCAGAACACGAACGAUGAAUUCCAAGAGGACGCCAGCCAUCCCGCGGUGAUUCCUGCAGACGUGGCCGCGUCGCCAUUCUACUUCUCUAACCUUCAGAACAACAUCACUGGCAAUGCCGUCGCCGGCGGGGGAUUCGCUGGGUUCACCAUGGUGGGUUUCCGAAAGGUGAUCAACGGCGGGUCGUUCACACCGAGCGAUUACGUCCCCGAGGACAGACCAACAAUGGAAGAUGGGUUCUACGGCAACUCUUGUAGGAGCGUCGGCUGGUUCUGGAACCUGGCUCCGUGCUUCUACGUCGGUGGGAUGCUAUACGAGGAUGCAGGCGACAGCAACAAGCUCAAAUAUGUCCCAGCCCGCGUUACGAGUAGCUCUGACAAGAGGCAUCCUAAAUCCAUCGUGGACGGAACCGACACGUGGAAUAUUUUUGUGAACUCAAGGGCUGCGCUGUGCCCGGUGGCCAACGGAGAUUGGAACGUCCGAGGCCGGUGGUACAAUGUUGACGUGGUUGAUAUAGGCGACCGAUCCAUGAACGCCUUUGGGGAGCAAAGCUUCCGUAACGUGUACCUGAAGUGCCGAACUGAUAACACAGACGGGACUGCAACGAUGAGUCCGGCGACAACCCUCCACGAGAAGAUGUGGCCCGACAUGAAGUUCAAGGGCUUCCGCAGCUACGACACGGGACAGAAACAUCUUGUCGAGGACUGGAUCGUCGAUUGUGGCUCUCAGGCGAGCCCCUUGAUGGACACCUAUGAGAUCAGGAGGGCGCAGAUCUGGUCGUUUCCUCAUGGUGUUAACAUCAAUCAACACCAAAUUAUCUUCAGGAACAUCACCUACGUGGAUGCCCCCGACCAGAAGAAACUUUUUUCCUACGACGUUGGAUCCAAGGACACGUACUCGACGUACUACAUGACAUUCAGCGACGCCGAUGGAAGCAUGACGCUAAGAAGAGAAAACAACAAUAAGCCGUGCGCACCGACAAUUGCCGGAACUGCCGGGAUGAUCCACUCGGUGAGCUCAGGCGGAGACUCGGAUGAUCUCAUCCACCUUCCUGCGAACAUGUGGUACAAACUCACCGGUCUGGAUGAGGCGAUUUCGAGAGGCACGAACACAGCCGACGACCGAUGCGCCCUGCACACCGAAUCCGAGUAUCCGUUCUGGCUCUGCGACCAAGGUAAAGUAAACGUUGGGUCCUUUAUGCCCGUGCCAAACAACCAGGAUUCAAGAGACUCCAAAAAGGAGUUUGGCAGGUUGACGCACUGGGGAGACACCAUCGCUCAAGGCGUUCCCAUGUCUGGUCAGGCGCAGGUAACCGGUCCAUUCGAGCAUUCUAAGCGCGGUGGCUGGUUCAUCCGAUUUUAUCAGUCCGGCGAUAACAGCGCCUCGACGGCGGCGCCCAAAAAGCUGGAGAUUGACAAGGUCCAGCUGGCGGCGGAGAAGCAGGUGCUCAUGAUCGCCACGGAGUACCCAUCGGGCACGACGUUCGCCAUCACGCGCAAGUACGGAAGCGGCUCGGGGGACGUGUACACGUACACGGCGGCGUCCAGCGUCGAGGAGGUUCGCGGCGACGACGCCGGCACAACGUAUUUCUUCGACGACACCUACCUCUAUCUCCGCCUCUUCCCGUCGGGCGACAAGCACGAGUACUUUGUCGACGGGCCCAUCUGGGUCCCUAACCGAAAGGGUGGGCGCGAGACUACCGUGGAGGCGACUUGGUCGUCGGGCUCGGGCUGCGGCACGGACAAUUGGUGUCCGCUGACGUCUCCGGCUGAUCCGCCGGCUCGCGACGUUGGCGUGGUGGAGAACCCUAUGACCGUCGUCGAGACGGCCGCGUGUCCGACGCAGUCCACGCUCUGGCCGCUACGCUUGCAAGCUUCGUCCAGCUCUUCGAGCUCUGGCUCCGGCUCUGGCUCUGGCUCUGGAUCCCCACCGAGCGAAGACAAGAAGGACGACAAGAAGGACGACAAGAAGGACGACAAGAAGGACGACAAGAAGGACGACAUGAAGGACGACAACAACAAGAAAGAUCUCUCGGCAGACGAGAAGGCCCAGAAACUCGAGGAGAAGAAGAAGCAGGCCGAGGAGACCAAGGAGAAGAUGCUCGCCAAGAUUGAAAAGAAGCUUCAAAAAAAAGCGGACAAACUGGCAAAGGCUGCGCUCGAAGGCAAGAAGGUGAGAAAGCUGAAGGCGAAGAUAGCCGCGCUGACGGAGGAGGCAGCCUGCUUAAAGUUUUACGAGGACUCGAAGAUGGACUCGAGCCUCGGCGAAUGCGUCGCGACGAAGGUGACCUCGCGUCGCCGCGGCCGCCGCCUCCUCGCCGAAAACUACGACACCGAGCUCAUCAUGACCGAGGAUGAGAUCAGCGUGGACGCACUCCAGGCGGCGGAAGCGGCCCUCGUUGCGAGCGGCGCCGAGGGGGUGACAUCCGCCGCCUCCGUCGAUCCCAUCGAGGAGCUCAAGGUCAUCCCCGGCGUCGAAGCCGACGACGUCGCGACGUUUGAGGCGCAGGUGGAUGAGGUCGUGGCUUUGUCCCCCGCGCCCGCGCCGCCCACGUCGGCACCCCCGCCGCCUACCCUGGAACCCGCUCAAUCGGGAACCUCCCGCGCCGCUCGCUUCGUGACUGCGGUGGUCCUGGCGGCGUCGGCGGUUCUCCUCGCGUAA